UCGGUCCGCUGGCAGAUCUCUUCAUCCACGAGCUCAAUCUGUAACAUGGGACGCGUCACACAAACAGGAGAAGAAGAAGCACGACUGAAAGCGUACACUUUUCAGAAAUCCCCCCCUGCUGCCCAGCGAGAAAAUCAGCUGCAAAACGAGGUCUGAAAAGCUGAGCUGCCUGUGCGUUCAUGGACAGUGCCAAAGGAGGGGGAGGAAGAGGCAAAAGAGGAAGAGGAAGGAGAGGACACCGUGGUGGAGAGGACAGAGAUGUCUGCCUCUCUAAAUCCAUGUCUUAUGCACUUCGCCAUGGAGCCAGCCAGAUGGGUCUGCAAAUGGGUACAGACGGCUUCCUGUUUGUGGAGGAUCUCCUGGCUCACCCGCAGUUCCAUUCGUACUCAUUGGAAGACGUUGAGAGAGUUGUGGCCACAAAUGACAAGCAGCGCUUUAAGCUCUGUACCCACCCAGAGAAUGGCCGGCUGCAGAUUCGGGCCAAUCAGGGUCAUUCAGUACAGGUUGUGGAUCUGGAGCUGAAAUUGGUCACGGCUGGUUCUCCAGACUGCCCUGCUGAGGCUGUUCAUGGCUCCUACCUCAGAAACUGGAGCUCCAUCCAGCAGCAGGGCCUGAGCCGCAUGAAGAGGACACACAUUCAUCUAGCACGAGGCUUGGCAGGGGAGGACGGCGUCAUCAGUGGCAUGAGGAAAGAUUGUGAUCUAGCUGUGUUUAUUGAUGUCCCCAAAGCACUGGCUGAUGGUAUCAAGUUCUUCUGGUCUGAGAAUGAUGUUCUGUUGACUGCAGGUGAUGCUGAGGGUAAAAUUCAACCUAAAUACUUCAGCCGAGCUCUAAGACUGAGACCUUCAAGGAGCAUCCUGCCACUGCAGUAACAGCAGAGAGUGCUGUCCUGUCAUUGGUCAUUACCGGACUCACCUGACCAUGUUAGCAUCCGACGGUUGGUUGAUGCAUAUCCCAGUUCCCCUGGCAACACUUGUUUUGCAGCAGCAUCGAUUUAUCAGCAACAGAAGUGUAUAUUCAGAAAUCUCCCUAAAUGGAACCUGAUUGGUAAACUUUAAACUGUUGAUUCAUUAUUGAAAGUGAACAGGACAGAAGGUUCAUCCUUAUUUUUAUAUGACAAUUCAACAAACUUAUAAAUACAAAGGCCUUGUUUUCCCCACUUCAUGCUAAAUAAAGCAUUGCACCAGUGACUACCAGGA